AUAUACAGUGUUCAUAAGGAGGGAACUCCUUUAGAGAGAGAGAGAGAGAGAGAGAGAGAGAGAAUUUCCAGCUGAUCACUGGAAAGCAGCAGCAGCAGCAGCACUCGGAUCGGCUGCAUGAGGAUCCUGCGGUGUGGUCAUGUCUGGAUUCUUUUUACCUGUGCUGUUGCUCCUCCCCCUGGUGGCCUCUGUCCCAUCCCCUUCCAGGUCACCACCCAAAUACUGCCGCAGGUGCUGCGAUCACCUGGACCCGCCCCUCAGCAGCUCGGCCCGUCCCGUGGCCUAUCAGACUCCAGAGGUUCGAACGUUCAUUAACAUGACCAUUCUCAAAGGCGAUAAAGGUGAUCGAGGUGAGAGAGGAACUCCGGGUAAGGCAGGAGCAGAAGGUCCUCCAGGUUCCAGAGGUGCCACUGGCCCUAAAGGCAGCAAAGGGCAGGCUGGAGCUCCAGGAGACCCUUGCAAGACACAGCACUCGUCCUUCUCGGUGGGCCGCAGGAAGGCCCUCCACAGCGAUGACUAUUACCAGGCGCUGCUCUUUGAUACCGUCUUUGUUAACCUUGAUGAACACUUCAACAUGUUUAAAGGCAAGUUCUACUGCUAUGUGGCGGGUAUUUACUUCUUCAACAUCAACAUCCACACGUGGAACUUCAAGGAGACCUACCUGCACCUGAUGCAGAAUGAACGUGAGCAGGUGAUCCUGUAUGCUCAGCCCAGUGACCGCUCCAUCAUGCAGAGCCAGAGCGUCAUGCUUUCUCUUGAGCUUAAUGAUGAAGUCUGGGUGCGCCUCUUCAAGCGUGAGCGUGAGAAUGCCAUUUAUAGCGAUGACGUUGACGUCUACAUCACCUUCAAUGGCUACCUGGUGGCUCCUGCCGCAUAGAAACCCCAUCGCAUGGAUGGUAUCCCAAUACUGAGAGUGGGAAUUGUGGAUUAAGGUUUCUCUCAGGGAAAAUUUGUGCCAAUGGAGUUCUCUGAAGAGGAAGGAAACAGUUCUAAUUUAAUAAUAACAAUGCAUUAGGUACAUUUAGCUGACAGAUGAUUAACAUAUUGGUGCUAAAAAUAGGUCACUCACUAACAAUUUGAUUUGGUACCUUUGGUACCCUUUUAACCCUUUUGAUUUUUGCUGUGUUACAUAUGAUUAAUUUGGCUGCAGAGCAGCCUCAUUAACUUAUCAAUGAGCAAAACUAUGCAGAAUAUCCUUUAAAUCUUCUCAGAAGCUUCUUCUGAGCACAGCAUUAUACAUUGUGAAAGGAAACCAGGUCAACUGUACUGUAUCUGUCCUUCCAAAAAAUCCUCACUUCCUGAAAGGGAAGGGUUGACUGGAAAAAACUCCAGACUUAUAUAAGCAUUUGUCCUGGAUCAUCGUUUUUACUUUUUACUGUGUCUCUGGAACUAGCCUGGUCUGAGUAAAAGCUUAUGUGUGUUGAGGUCUUUGCUUAUACCAGUUGGAUAGGCUUUUUCAGUGCCAUUAACACCAAUACAGAGUGACAGGAGUGAAGGUGCAGCAGCAGCAAUGCAGGAACCAAAAACUCAAUCCAUCCUGCUAACUUUCAAAAAUGCAAUGAAAAAGAAUCAGUCCAUUUUUUUUAGCAUAAAUGCGGAAAUAAGGCAUUAGAUAGUUGGUGUGUGGUAGAGGAUGAAUAUAUUAUGAAGCGAUAUGGUUAAAUGAAUUGUAUCAACUUAUCCCGUUCCCUUGUACACUUUUGGUGUAAUGACAUACGACUGGAUUCCAGUUAUAAAUUCAUUGGUAUAAAUGAGCAGCUGCCUGUAAUAUCAGUCAGCUGGCUAUUUAUCAAUAACAAUAACAAUUAUGUUUUCUGUUUUUUGGUGCAUUUUAGCAGAUUUUCAAUGUAGGUCAUAGCUAACAUCUUGUUUCUACAGUGUCAAUAAACGUGGCAGGACUGGCAUUUAAUUGGUUUUUAAAAGGUAAAGUAAUUAAAUCAAGUGUCAUUAGUUAGAUAUUGGGUAAUAUGAGGUGACCUAAAUAGUGCACAAAUAUUUAAAAAAAAGAAAAAUACCAUUACCCUUGCAUCUGCACUGUCAGUAUCAUUAUUGCAAUUUUGGCCCAAAGCGGUUUAAAUAUGAUGGGUCUGGCAGAUUCUGAUUGUCACUCCUCUUGCUGCACUCAUAUCAGCUUAGGCAUUUUAAUGAUGACCAUGAAAAUAGCAACAGGAACAGGAAAACUUGGCUGAUGCCCAAGCAAAUUAGCAUUACAGAUGUGAUAUACCACUAAACUAUGCUUGGCCCUGUACAAAAAUGAAGCUUGAAAGUUUUUAUACACUCCCUGUGUGUUAAGACAAUGCACCCAGAGGGAUUCAUUUUUAACAUGAUUUAGCACUUAAGUAUGACAAAAAGGAGGCUUUAUGGUAAAACGGCCACAAAGCAUAGCCAAGGCAAUCAAUUUUGAACAGUUUGGCACAGUAAAUAUACUUUUCUGUCUCAUGUGCAAAUGCACCCCAUUACUCAUGAUUGCAUUGUGUAAAGCUCACACUGUCACAUUGUGGAUUGCUAGGAUGGUAUGGUAUGGAAGAACUAAGGGACAGUGGAACAUCGAAAAAAUAUACAGAAUAGUGUUAAAGUGUCUAAACUGAGCUGUCUUAAUUCUGUGCCACUGAUAUUGAUUGGAGCUGAAAGAAAAAAGAGGCCACCCAUCUGUCUCUGGAAGGAAACCCAGCCGCUUUAGGGCUGCUGUGUUUAUAGACACCAGAAACAGGAAACCAGACCAACUAUCUUUAAUCACAACCAGAGAACAAGUCAGUGAGAGAGAGUAAUGAAGGACAGGGGGGUGGGUUCUUGCUCGGAAUAAACCGCACAUCACUUUUUUUUUUUUUUUUAACACUACCUAAUAAAAUAGCCUGUUGUCAAAUGCAAUAUUAGUCAUUAGAACAGUUGGUAGAGGCCAAAAAAAGUGUGUGGGUUGGACUUAUAUUUGCUGUUAAAGACAUUUUUACCACCUAAAAUGUCUAGUUCUGGGCAGAGAAAACCACUCUUGGCUGAGGCAGCGUUAAUUCAACAUUUAUGUUAUUACUGCAUAAACAAUUAAAUGAAGGGGUAUAAGCAGGUCAUGGUGAGACAGUGUCUACAGAAAACUCCAACCAUUUGGAUCUUUUUAAAUUUGCCCCACUGUAUAAAUGUGGUUUUAAUGGCAUUGAGGAGGUUUACAGUGUUUGCUUAUUUUGGAUAAGUUUUCUGCAUGUAUGUGUGCGAGUCUGGGUUUUGUUUAGUCUUGAUUUCCAGGUUGUUUUGCAGCUGUAACCUCCAAUUCAGGCCUUUGACAACUAUAGCCAUAGCAAGUAUCUGACAGAAACACUAUCAAGUUCCUGUGUUUGUCUCAGGCACUGCCAUGUGACAUAGUUAUACUCGCUUCACUGUGCUGCUAGAAAAUACAUCUGUGUGAUUUUCAGUUGAUCUUACUAUCAAAAACCUGAACCACAGAAAGGCCUCAGAGUGAGGCUAGUAUUGGCUGGAGUUAGUACAUCACAAGAAAAUCCAAAUUACAUGAUUUUAGGUGAUCCUACAAUCAAAAACCUGACUCUGAGUGAGGUUAGUAUUAGCUUGAGUGAGCAUAUAACAAGAAAGUCCAUUUUCAAGUGAUAAUACAGUCAAAAACAUGCCUCAAAGCGAGGCUAGUAUUUUCUGUAGAUAGCAUAUUACAACAAAAUCCAUCUUCAGGUGAUUUUGUUAUCAAAACAUGCCUCAGAGUGAGGCUGGUAUUAGCUGGAGUUAGCAUAUCAAAAGAAAGUACACUUAUGAGAUUUCCAGGUGAUUUUGCUAUCAAAACUGAACCAGAACAAGGCUAGUUUUGGCUGAAGUUAGCAUAUCACAAGAAGAUUAAGAUAUGAUUUUCAGGUGAUAUUGCCAUUUGAUUCAGAAUAAUUGCUAGUAUUGGCUAGAGUUGGUAUAUGACAAGAUUUUCAGGUGAUCCUACUAUCCGAAAACUGACCUCAAGUGAGACUAGUACUGUCUAGAGUUAGCAUUUCACAAGAAAGUCCAUUUAUGAGAUUUUCAGCUAAUUCUACCUUAAAAAAAACUUGCUCAGAGUAGAUCCAUUUCAAGUGAUAAUACUAUUAAAACAUGUCUCAGAGUGAAGUUUGUAUCAGCUGGAGUUAGCACAUGACAAGAAAGUUCACUUAUGAGAUUUUCAGUUGAUCCUACCAUCAAAAAGCUGGCUCUAAGUGGGACUAGCACUGGAGUUUUCAAAUAACAAGACAGUCCAAUCAGAAACCUGACUCAAACCUGCAAUCAGAAACCUGAAUGAUCAGAAUGAGUAUUUUUUAGUAUAUUACCAGAAAAUCAAUUUUCAGGUUACAGUACUAUCAAAAAACAUGCCUUAGCUUCAGUUAGCAUAUCAGAAGAAAGUUUAUAUAUAGUAUGAGAUUUUCAGGUGUUUUUGCCAUUGAAAAACUGACUUUGAUUAAGGCUAGUAUUGUCUGGAGUUGGUAUAUUACAAGAAAAUUCUUUUUUUCAGGUGAUCUUACUAUCAAAAACAUGAUAUGGGGUGAGGCUAGUUGUUAAUCAAAUCAAACAAUUGACUGGGAGGAAAGCUUGUAUUGACUCGUACAAGCAUAUUAGCAUGCUAACAUAAAGUAAGCUGUCACUUCCAAAUGGAGCUUAGCAAACAUGGCUCAUAUACUUUAAUCUUGCCAGCAGAGUUUAUUGCUCAACCAAAAUCUGCUCCAUUCUACAUCUAAUCCAGAUGUUACUGUGGACUUUCAGAUGACUGGAAUUAAACAAGGCAGAGGUCAAACACCAGAACUGGAGCACUUAGCACAAAAGGCAUGAAGAAGUUCAUAUUUCUGUCCCAAUGAUUUGGCUUGGGGUAAAUUGAGGUAAUAUUUUGUUACGAUCUCCUAUCAAGAAUUGAGAGUCGUAACAGCUUGCCUAACACACUGAGCCUUUCCAUACCGCUUUUCACACUUGAGCAAAACACAUAUGUCAGCCAUUGAAAUUAUAUCAUGUUUGCAAUUAUAAAAGAUUUUGUUCAAGCUGGAACUUAAACACCUGGUGUUCUCCAGGUGUUUCUGAUGUCGGGCCUAAAAUUGAUGCUGUAUUAUAACGGUGCUAAAUUGUAGGUUUACUGGCAAAAGUGCACUUUUUUGUAUACAUGAAUAUAAAUAUUGCUUGUAUUAUGUAAAUACAUUUUUAUGUACCAAAUAUUACCAUUAAAUUCUUCAGCAAAGUGA